CUAUGUGUAACGGGAGUAUAGCCUUAUAAAUUUUCUUUCCAAAACUACUAAAUCCUUUGGGUUGCUAUAAACAGAUUCGCAGAAUUGAAGAAUCCCAUGCCUAUGUAUAUAAAAAGUUGGAGUAUGGAAACGUGAGUGAGAGAGAAAGUGGUGUGGCUCCUCACCGUCCCCCGCACCACGGAUUUCGGAGCGCGAACGCGAAACAACGAACGAGGGAGAGACUAGAGGCGGUUCUUUAACGCUCACCAUCACCAUCGUUUCCCGGGCUUUUCUCCCCGCCCCCUUUGUUCCCGAUCUCGAAUCUCUUCUCCCUUUCUCUAUCUCUUGGCGUUAGAAAUAAAUUAAUUCUCGGAAAUUCCGGCCAUGGUCACGAUCGCCGGGGCCAACCAGACGAACGCAGCCACCACCAACCCCAUCCUCUCCGGCCCGAGGCGGCGUCUGAUGGACUCCGGCGACGCGGAGAGGUUGUUCCAGUCGGAGGACGACGACGACGACGAGGACCCCGACGCCCGCGCCCACUCGCCGGCCCCCGGGCGGAUAUCGGCGUUGAGAUGGCUCUUCUUGCGGAGUACCGCCGGCAAGGCCGCUGGCGGCAGCGGCGGUGGAAGAUUGGGGAGAUGGAGCGCGUGGAAUAUUGGGGCGCUAGCGUUCGCCGUCCUCCUGUCGGUGGUGGCGCUUUCGGCGUUCUUGAUUUCACACCGGAUCGGUGGUUUGUCGGAACGGCAGGGUGUGGUCCACCAGAUGGGCGGUCGUGACGAGGCGUUAAGAGCCAUGUGGGAUAUCCAGGAGAUCGCCCGGAGCCGCCAUCCACCUCCGAUCCCUGAGAUUUGGAUGAAACCACAUAGUGAUCGCUACCAUCAAUGCAUUGAACGUCCGAGGAAACAUCAAAAGACUAGUGAUGUCACGGCUGGAUAUCUUAUUUUUCAUGCUAAUGGUGGCUUGAAUCAGAUGAGAAUGGGAAUUAGUGAUAUGGUUGCCAUAGCAAAGUUAAUGAAUGCAACACUGGUAAUCCCUACUCUGGAUCAUCAUUCCUUUUGGACAGAUCGAAGUGAAUUUAAAGAUAUAUUUGAUAUGAAGCACUUUAUCAAUGUCCUUAAAGAUGAUAUAAUGAUCGUGAAAUCUCUUCCACAAAAAUAUGCAACAAUUAGGCCUUAUCGAAGAGCACCUAUCUCCUGGUCUAAGGUUUUCUAUUAUAAAGCUUUUGCACCAGUCUUGAAGAAGUAUAAGGUGGUCAUGUUUACUCAUUCAGACUCUCGGCUUGCAAAUAAUGGCCUUCCACCUUCACUUCAAAAGAUUCGAUGCCGUGCAAAUUACAAGGCACUUCGAUAUACGCCACAAAUCGAAGAAUUGGGGAAGAAACUUGUUGAAAGGUUGAAAAAUGAAAGCAACCAUUAUAUUGCACUCCACUUAAGAUAUGAGAAGGACAUGCUCUCAUUUACUGGUUGCAACCACAAUCUAUCAUUACAAGAGGCUAAAGAGCUACAAGAUUUGCGUUAUAACGUGAAGCAUUGGAAGGAGAAAGAAAUUAAUAGCGAAGAGAGACGAAUGCAAGGGGGUUGCCCAAUGACUCCUCGGGAAAUUGCUGUAUUUCUAAAGGCUCUGGGCUAUCCUUCUGCAACAAAUAUUUAUAUUGUUGCAGGGAAAAUUUAUGGUACCAAUAGCAUGAAUGCACUAAGGGCUGAAUAUCCAAAUAUUCACACACACAAUAGUUUAGCAACAACAGAGGAGUUGAAGCAUUUUAUGAUGUACCAAAACCGGCUUGCUGCUCUAGACUAUCUCGUCGCCCUUAAAAGUGAUGUUUUUGUGUAUACUUAUGAUGGUAAUAUGGCUAAAGCAGUGGAAGGUCAUAGAAGAUUCGAAGGAUUUCUCAAGACAAUCAAUCCUGAUAGGUAUGAUAAAGUGACAAAGGUUCGUGAAAUUAAUAGAUCAGCUGGAUGGAGGAGCAAUAACUUGGGAUGAAUUCAAACAUAAGGUGAAGAGGGAUCAUGCUAAUCGCCUUGGUGGUCCAUAUGAAAGAAGAGGAGGAGAAACUCCACGACUAGAGGAGUACUUUUAUGCAAAUCCUCUACCUGGCUGCUUGUGCCAAAAAACAUACAGAUAAAGUUGGAAGUAGUUAUAUUACACAUAGAUAUGCUCAACGAUAUAUAUAUUUGGUUUCAUUUUGCAAAGUUCAACACUUAACACAUCGAAACAUCAUGUAUAGGUUUUUUUUUUAAAUUUUGCAUUUUUUCUCCAUAUAGGGUUUUUUUAGAAUUGAUGGUUUCAACAAGAGUAUUACUUUGUACAACGACAAUUCUUUUUGCAAUUCACUUGAUUCUUUAUUUGA